AUGGCUUCUACUAACUCCACAAUCACAUCCCCGCUAGACUCCUGGGAGACCUACGCCCCCUCCUGGGACAAAGGCAUGGGUGAUGAAGGAAACGAUUAUUUCCGCUUCCUCGAGCUUCCCAUCUUGGAGAAACUGGUCGGUAGAUUAGAGGGGUGCCAUGCCAUAGAUCUUGCAACGGGCAAUGGCAUUGUGGCUCGGUGGUUAGCCCAGAAAGGCGCUUCGGUCAUUGCAGCGGACGGUGCAGUCAAGAUGGUAGACCGCGCAAAGGCACGAACGUACAUCCUAGACGACCACAAGAUAUCCUUCCAUCGCCUCGACGUCACAGACCAGUCAUCCUGGGAUGAGUUCUUGGCAAUUGAUGAUAUUCACAUGGAUGGCGGCUUCGAUGUGAUCACCAUGAAUAUGGCCUUGAUGGACAUUCAUGAUCUGGAGCCAUUGGCAAGAUCUUUGAAAAAAUUACUCAAACCAAACGGAUGCUUCGUCGCUACUCUACUUCACCCAUUAUUCUUCACAACUGGGGCAGCCCGUCAGACAACGGUUCGCGAAGACCCGGAAACCGGUCAGCGAAGCGUCGACCGCUCUAUCGUUGUCAGCAAGUAUUUGAACGUUCCUCCCGCGAGACAGUUGGUGCUGAAAGGGGACACUGAGUCGCCGUACUUGUUCCACCGGCCUUUGAAUCAGCUGUUUGCGCCUUUCUUCAAAGCAGGUCUUGCUGUAGAUGCGCUCGAAGAGACCAAUUUCGACGAAAGUUUCCGUGACACUGUGCGGGAGCACUCAUCGAAGAACUUUACAGAGUUUCCAAAGGUACUUGGCUUCAGGAUGAGACCUAUGUCUGCGAUAUAA